AUGGGUGAGGGAGACCCAGAGAAAUACCCAGAUUGGAAGGAAUGGUGUGGACAGCUCUCUGGGUGGCCUGGAAUACCAAUCUUCAUCGUCUGUUUCUACCUGGAUGUGGGAGGCCUGACCAAGGAAAGUGACCUGCUGACGUUUGACAUCUCGGCUCACCACUCGUGGUGGAGGGAGCACGGUCCAGGGUGUGUGAGGAGAGAGAUGACCCAGCCAGGGGUGGGCACUGUGGACAGCCAGUCUUACAUCUCUGUCAUGGGCUGUCUCAUAGAGUACCCGUACAUAGAGGUCCUACACAGUGCAACACAGAUCCUCAUCGCUCUCCUGGGCUUCGUGUACGCCUGCUACGUCAUUAGCGCCAUCACUGAGGAGGAAGACAGCUUUGAUUUUGUUGGUGGAUUUGACCCCUUCCCUCUCUACCAUGUCAAUGAGAAACCAUCCCAUCUCCUCUUAAAGCCCAUGUACCUGUCUACGUAAAUAGGGCAGAAGGCAACAUUGCAGGUUCCGAUGGAAACCAAGUGGCUGCUCUGACUGACACAACAACCGUCCGAGAAUUCACUGGGGCCGGCCAGACAUUCCUCUGGUUCUCUACAUCUCUUCAGUACUUCAAACAUGUAAAUGACGGGUGCUCUGCUUAAUAAUGACUGUACUUCCCAGUUCUGUUGUUAG